AUCCCGAAGCGUGAGCUCUGGCACUCGAAGAAGCCUCGUAUAUAAAAGAACAGAAACCGCCGAGGAGCAUCACACUCAUCGUCAACACAGAAAAGAUGUCUCGCGGAUCGUGGAUGGCACCCUUGGCCCUAUUCGCCGCCCUGGUCUCGGGGUCCCUGGCAGCUGACCUCGCCGGCCGCUAUGUCACCCUGGGGAAGUGCCCUAAUAUUACUAACAAGGCCGAUUUUGAUGCCGUGCCUUAUCUCGGCCGUUGGUAUGAGCAGGAACGCUAUGACAUUGUCUUCCAGUCAGGCAUGGACUGUGUCAACGCCAUCUAUAGUGACAUGGGUAAUGGCUACGUCGAAGUCCACAACACAGCCAGGACAUCCUUUGGUGACUUCACUGACAUCGUCGGGCAAGCUCAUGUUGUGGAGCCUGGCGUCCUCCUCGUAGAGUUUGGUGGAUGUGAGUAUUGUGUUAUUUAUGUGUCAUCAUUAUCAUCAAUGUGUGUUAUUGUGGAUUUGUAUUAUGUGUUGGGGUUGUGUUGUCACGACUCCCGGGGCCAAAUUUCCCACAUUUUGGACACUGAUUACGAAAACUACUCAUCUGUGUACAACUGCUUUGAAGAGGGAGAAUAUCGCUGGCAGUACGCCUGGCUCCUGACCCGUGCCCAGGCUCCCUCAGCUGACCUCCUCGCCACCGGUCGCCAGGUCUUCGCUAAUAAUGGCAUUGACCUUGACAGUUUCCACGUGACCUACCAGGGUGACGAUUGCCCUUACCUGGCCUGAUAAUCCUGACCUCCCUCAACACCCCUUUUUCGACUUUAUUUAUUCUUGUGUCAUAUUUAUUAAGUAUGAGGAAUUGUUAGGAUAUGGUAUGGUUUGAAUAAAUUAUUGCUUAUUCUG